AUGUCACGAGCAGCAAUCGCAUCACUCUCUCGACCACUCGCAUCUUCUGCUUCUUCCUCGUCGAGAGUCGCACUGACGAAGAGAUACGCUUCUCAUGGGCCCAGUUACAAUCCACCUUCAGGGUAUCUAUUCGGUGAACGACCACCUAAAGACGGAAAGAGAGUGAAAGAAACUUGGGAAAACAUAUACUACAUUGGAAUGUUUGGUGGAAUGGCUUUAGCAGGUGUUGUAAUAGCAUAUAAACCUGAUACCAGUAUCCAAACUUGGGCUUUGAAAGAAGCUAGAGCUAGAUUAGAUGCAAGAGGUGAAGAAUGGGAAUACAAGCCCAAGUCAGCUUAG